UGUGUGCUGAGAGCUCUGCUUGUAGUUCCUGAAAAUCUGUUGUUCUUUGCUUAUGGGGGAAGGGAAGAAGGGCCAUGUGAGCUACCAGGAAUAUCCUACAUUUAAGGGGAAAUCCAGGAUUAUUGAGAGGAAUGAGGCGACUGAUCUGCAAACGCAUCUGUGAUUAUAAAAGCGUUGAUGAUGAUGAGACAGUGGAUGGCAACAGAUCCUCAGCUGCAUCAGCUUUCAAGCUUCCUGCUCCCAAGAGACCAGGGAAUCCAAGCAACCCUGCAAGGAAGCCUGUGACUGGAGUCAAGGUUGUAGGUGCAAUGAAGGAAGGAGGUGCAGGAGCACUUGAUGAAGACGACUUUGUAAAGGCUUUUACAGAUGUUCCCUCUGUACAGAUUUAUUCCAAUCGUGAACUUGAAGAGACUUUAAAUAAAAUACGAGAGAUCCUUUCAGAUGAUAAACAUGAUUGGGAUCAGCGAGCCACUGCACUUAAGAAAAUUCGUUCGCUGCUUGUUGCAGGAGCUGCAGAUUAUGAUUGUUUUUUUCAACAUUUGCGAUUGUUAGAUGGCAGUUUCAAACUAUCUGUUAAAGAUCUGCGUUCACAAGUGGUGCGUGAAGCUUGCAUUACAGUGGCUCACCUUUCAACAAUUCUUGGUAACAAGUUUGAUCAUGGAGCCGAAUCAAUUGUACCUCCACUUUUUAAUUUGGUCCCAAACAGUGCCAAAGUCAUGGCAUCUUCUGGAUGUGCUGCAAUCAGGAUCAUCAUUAGACACACGCAUGUUCCAAGGCUCAUUCCUUUAAUUACAAGCAAUUGUACAUCAAAAUCAGUGGCUGUGAGGAGACGCUGUUUUGAGUUUUUAGAAAUGCUUUUGCAAGAAUGGCAUACUCAUUCAUUAGAACGACAUGUAACAGUGUUGAUAGAUACUAUCAAGAAGGGCAUACAUGACCCUGAUGCUGAAGCAAGAUCCGAAGCAAGAAAUGCUUAUUGGGGUCUCCGGAAUCACUUUCCAGUUGAUGCUGACACACUUUACAAUGCUCUUGAGCCGCCUUACCAAAAGACUCUACAGUCUCAUCUUAAAUCAUCCAGCAGUACAACAUCCAUCCGACAAUUAGAUCGCCCAUUCCAAAGUUCACAAGAAAGCUUAAAUUCUGCUUCAAAAUCAACCCCUGCAAACACCCAGUCUGGAAAAGAGGAUGUCUCGGACAAGAUUGAUGGAUAUGUCCGUGCAAAACGUGGUACUUUUUCUUCUGCCACUGUAUCUGCUGAAACAGACUCAAGAGGACGCAGUCAGACAAGAGCAAUCUCCCAGUCACAGCCUGGAAGUAGGUCUGGAUCCCCUGGAAGAGUCUUAACUACCACCACCCUGUCAACUAUGAACACUAUGAACAGUAUGAACAGUGGAGUCCAAAGAGUUCCAACAAAUCCUCCUCAAACACAAAAACGGAGCAAGAUUCCCCGGAGCCAGGGCUGCAGCCGUGAAGCCAGUCCAUCGCGGCUUUCAGUGGCAAGAGGCAGUCGCAUUCCUCGACCUAGUGUGAGUCAGGGGUGUAGCAGGGAGGCGAGUCGUGAAAGCAGCAGGAAUACAAGCCCUGUCCGCUCUUUUCAACCCCUUCCUUCCCGGCAUCAUUCCCGAUCUACUGGUGCUCUCCACACCCCUGAUGUGUAUGGGACUUCAGGUUAUGGGAUCAGCCACCAAAGCCGGUUAUCAUCAUCAGUCAGUGCUAUGCGUGUUCUGAACACAGGCUCUGAUGUGGAAGAAGCAUUAGCAGAUGCAUUGAAAAAGCAAGCCAACAGAAGAUUUGAGUCUUAUGGCAUGUACUCAGAUGAAGAUGCCAAUAGUGAUGCCUCAAGUGCCUGUUCAGAACGUUCCUACAGUUCAAGAAAUGGCAGCAUUCCCACCUACAUGCGCCAAACAGAAGAUGUAGCUGAAGUUCUUAAUCGUUGUGCCAGCUCAACAUGGUCAGAGAGGAAAGAGGGGCUUCUUGGCUUGCAGACAAUGCUGAAGAAUCAGAGGGUGCUAAGUCGUGUUGAAUUGAAAAGACUAUGUGAGAUAUUUACAAGAAUGUUUGCAGACCCCCAUAGUAAGGUGUUUAGUAUGUUCCUAGAAACCUUGGUUGAUUUUGUUCAGGUGCACAAGGAAGACCUACAGGACUGGCUUUUUGUGCUACUUACACAGCUGCUCAAAAAAAUGGGUGCUGAUCUUCUUGGGUCUGUUAAUGCAAAAGUUCAGAAAGCACUUGACAUAACAAGAGAAUCCUUUCCAAAUGAUCUCCAGUUUAAUAUCAUCAUGAGGUUUACUGUUGAUCAAACUCAGACACCAAAUAUUAAGGUUAAAAUUGCAAUUCUCAAGUAUAUAGAGACUCUUGCACAACAAAUGGACCCUACAGACUUUGUGAACUCAAGUGAAACCCGACUUGCUGUUUCUCGGAUUAUAACUUGGACUACGGAGCCCAAAAGUUCUGAAGUUCGUAAGAGAGAUACUCAGGCCAGCCUCCUCCCCACCGACUAUGGACCCUGGAACUUGAAAGGAUUCUGUCUUUUGGGAGGUGGGUGCCCCAGGAACGUGUGGAGGGCUGUUGCCCUGGGGUCUGAGUUGCCCCGUUUCCCUGAGUUUCCAGAGACACCAGGAGGAGGAGGACCAUGGGGCAGGCUUAGGGUUCCAGUGGCUGGGGAGGUGACCAAGGGUGCCCCUGACAUCCCCACAGCAGAAGGGCCGGAGCAGAGCCCUGAGAAUGGGAUUGAUCACUGCCCUCCACCCCCACUGGAUUAUUCUGGAGUAGCUGUGGAUACUGCAGGACCGGAGUUUGUCCCUGUGGUCCUGAAAGAGGCUGAGGUGGUCCCCUGUGUCAGGGGAGACAGCCCUGGAAUAGUAGCUGGGGUCCAUUCAGCAGGGGAGCUGGCAACCAGUGUGCUAUUUAACAGGGACAUGACUACAGAAGCUUUGUCCAUUCCUUUGUCUCAGGAUUACCCCUAUGGGGAGAUUGAAGACUUUGCAUUUACUGAUGAUGAAGCAUUACGCAUCAGGUGCGAAGCUGACAUGCAGGAGCUGGAGGAGACAAAAGUAAUAGAGGAAGUGUCUAGAUUAAAGAUUCUUGUGAGAAAUGAUAUCAAACAGAUCAAAGAUAAAUUACUACAUCAUAUUAUUCGCGCUAUGGCACUAAGGGUGCUACAAGAGAUACUGAAACAUCAGCCAUCGAGAUUUAAAAAUUACGCGGAACUCACUAUUAUGAAAACCCUGGAGGCUCACAAAGAUCCACAUAAGGAAGUCAUAAGAGCAGCAGAAGACACAGCCUCAACUUUAGCGACUUCUAUUAGCCCAGAUCAGUGUAUCAAAGUAUUGUGUCCAAUUAUUCAGACAGCAGAUUAUCCAAUAAAUCUAGCUGCAAUCAAAAUGCAAACAAAAGUAACAGAAAGGGUUUCAAAAGAAGUCUUGAGCCAGCUGUUACCGGAAAUAAUACCAGGAUUAAUACAAGGUUAUGAUAAUUCUGAGAGCAGCGUUCGUAAAUCCUGCGUUUUCUGCCUCGUAGCUAUCCAUGCAGUAAUUGGUGACGAGCUAAAACCUCAUCUCAGUCAACUCACUGGCAGUAAAAUGAAGCUGCUGAACCUCUACAUCAAACGGGCACAGGCAGGAUCUGGAGCAGAUUAUUCAACAGCAGAUUAUUCUGGUCAAAGCUAGUGACGCCCAUGUUGUUUUUGGUUCUCUUUUAUUCUCUCAUUGUUCCAGAUCUUUUAAGAAAAUUAAGAAUGUUUUAACAGUGAACCCCUAUUUACAUAAUCUCAUAUUUUCAUUAGAUUUCACUUUCCUAAACAGAGAAACUACCUGGUGGCCUGCAUGUGACUUUUGCAAUAUCUAGAGGUCAGCAGUCUGUUUAACUUAUUAAAAAUGCAAUUAAUUCAUUCCUAUGCACACUUGUGUCUCUUCUUGGAAAAAAAAUAUAUUAUUCAAAAAGUUAAA